AUGGUGGUCCAGACACAGCAGUCCCCGGGGGCGCCAUGGGGGGCUGCCUCUCCUGCCAGCGCUGCAGGUCCAGCCAUGAGCAGGAGACAAAAGCGGAGGGUGCGCCGCCUGUGCCAGCUCUUCCCCCGCGCCCUGCGCGCCCUCAGCCUGCAGAUCUGCCACGCCCGGAGGAGGCUCAUCCGCGUGGAGGUGCGCCUGGAGCGGCGGCGCGGAGGCGAAGGUGGUGUGAUCGUGCCCGUUUGCUGUGCCCCCGAUCCGUCUCUCGUCCCGCCGGCGUCCACCCCGACCCACAAGCCCCUCCUCCUCCUCUCCGCGGCCUCCCGGGGCGGCCUCUCCGUCGGCUCCAGCAUCUCCAGCUUCUCCCUGCCUCUGCCCCCCUCCCCUCCCCCGCCUCGGCCAGACCCCGGGGGCCUGGAGGCAGCCCUGGAGGCCCUCGUCGAGCUGCAAGCGCACCACCUCCAGGACCGGAAAAGGGACCUGCGUGGGUGCCAGGAGUGCCUGAGGUCGCUCAGGGCCUUGAGGGCGCAGCUGCGAAACGUCCGGAACAGGCUCUGGGUGCUGGAGGCCAAGCUAGGGGUCCAGGUGCCCCCCCGGGAACUGGAUGCAGAUGAACCGGAGGAGGAGGAGGAGGAGGAGGAGGAGCCGGAGAUCCCACCACCGGGAGUGCCGGACACCAGCACCGCCGAGCCGGAGGAAAGGAGGACGUGAGACUCAGAUGGGCAGCCGGAGAAACACGACUGCUCCUGUCCCGGCUCCUGUCCCAGC